AUGAUUAAAAAAGGAAAAAUAAUUAUGGAAUUUAAAAAAUAAGUAAAGGAAAUUCAUGAAGUCAAUCAAUUAGAUGGAGAUGAAUUGUCUGAGCCAGUCAAAUAAGUUUUUGCAGAAAUCUUUAGAGAUGGUAAGAUGAGCAAAGAAGAUUGUACUAGAUUUGUAACUGGUUGUACUGUUAAUCCUUGUAGUAUUGAUGAUGCUAAUAUAUAGAGAACAUUUGAAUAUUAUGACAAACAUAAGGACUCUAUUUUGACUUUAAAUGAUUUCUUUGAUUUUUAUACUGAUUCUGCAAGAACCAAAAUAUCAACUGUUUGGUUAAAUCUCUAAACUUUACAUUAUAGAAAUGAUUUAAUAAGAGGAAAUAGAGUACAAUUCCCAUAAGUGAAUGCUUAACUUUUACCUAGAGUAUAGAUUUUAUAGAAUCAAAUUUAUUUGGAUUUACUUUUUGAACAGUUGUUGCAGAAAUUCAAGUAAUGA